AUGGACAUGGACAUGCCCUACGAGUGGCUCACCUCCCCGGUGCAGCUUCACUCGUCGCGCGAAACAAACUGCACCAUGACCGCCGAGCAGUGCGCCUACAAAUCCCGCCGCUGGGUCAACUGGUACAUUGCCGACCUGGUCUACGGCCGCGCCGCCGUCUACUUCUUUGUGGCCACCAUUGCCGUCUUCAUCCUGGGCCACCUCCUCAGCCGCCUCCUGCCGGCGUCCGUCCGCCGCUGCCGGCCUUGGCUGCGCGUCCUCGCCGCCGUGCGGUCGCUGGCCUACCCCAACGCCGCGCGCAUUACCUUCUUGCAGUGGAACAGCCCGUCGGUCGGCGUCUGCCUGCUGGGGGCCGCCGGCGCUGCGUUCUUCGCCGGCUGCACGCUCGGCCCGCAGCCCUACUACUGGCCCAACACCGCCGACGCCCACUACGGCGACUCGCCGCCGCUGGCCACGCGCUCAGGCUACCUGGCCAUGGGCUGCCUGCCCUUCAUCCUGGUGUUUGGCAGCAAGGCCAACCUGGUGACGGCCGCGACCGGCGUCGCCCCCGAGAAGCUCGUCAUCUUCCACCUCAUGGCCGCCUGGGGCAUGUUUGUACUGGCGCUGCUGCACACGUUUCCCUUCAUCGUCUACAACGCCACCGUGCCGGGGGCCCUCGAGGCCAACUGGAACAGCAGCGCCCAGUGGCUGACGGGCGUGGUCGCGCUCCUGGCGCAGGCGGGCCUGACGUUUUUGUCGCUGCCCUUUGUGCGGCACCGCGCCUACGAGGUCUUCAAGGGCCUGCACUUUGCGCUCGUCCUCGUCUUUCUCGUCUUCCUCUUCCUCCACUGCGACUACACCCUGACCUCCUGGGACUACAUCAUCGCCGCCGUCGCCCUCUACCUGGCCUCGCUGCUCUGGGCCGUCGCCCGCACCUACCUCGCCCACGGCCUGCGCACCGCGUCCCUCGACGCCGUCUCGCCGCACACCCUCAAGAUCGCCGUCACGACCCCCGACGCGUCCCGGUCCGCGUCCGCCCUCGUCUGGCGGCCCGGCCAGCACCUGUACCUCCGCUUCCUCGCGGGCGGCGCCGUCCACGCUCUCACGACGCAUCCCUUUACCAUCUGCUCCGUCGCGGGCCACGGCGACGCCGUCUUCUACGUCCGGCCCCGCGGAGGCCUGACCGGCCGGCUCGCCGCAAUGGCCCGCCAGCGCCCGGGCCGGUCGGUCCCGCUGUUCAUCGAGGGACCCUACGGCGGCGUCCCCCACCGCUGGGACGAGGGCUUUGACGAGACGCUCGUCGUGGCCGGUGGCGCCGGCGCCGGGUUUGCGCUGGGCCUGGUCCAAGACUGGUUCGUGCGACGGCAGCAGCAGCAGCAGCGGGCAGGGCGCGCGCAGACGCUGUUGGCCGUCGUGUCCAGCCGCGACCCGGCCCUACGCACGUGGUUUGUCGACGCGCUGCGGGCCAUUGAUCGAAACUACGACGGUGGUCUGUCGGGCGUCGCGGUGGUGCUGCAUGCCACGGGCGAGGCAGCCGAAGCGGUGCCCGAAACGGUGCCCGGGACCGCCCCAGACAGUGUCCACGACGACGCGGCGUCGGGCAGUGACGAGAAAGGUGCGGCUCCCGUCGAGGUGGAAACGACAAAAGAAACGGGCCGCUCGGCCUCGUCCGCCGCCGGGUCUGCCACUGCAUCCGCCACGGCAUCCACCGCCACGCUCGACGUCCAGUACCGCCGUGGCCAGGCCGACCUGCCGGCCCUGAUCCGCGCCGUGUCGUCGGCACCCAACCGCCACGUCGGCGUGGCCGUCUGUGGACCGUCCUCCAUGGCCCACGACGUGGCUGCGGCCUGUGCGGCAGAGCAGCGCCGGAUCGUUGCGGGCGGUGCCGGCGCGUCUGAAGUGUGGUUGCACCAGGAGGCCUUUACGAGUUAG